AUGUUGGGCCUUCGGUAUGCUCUGGGCCUCGGUAGGGCGUUCGAUCUGCAAGAUAACAAAUGCUCGGUAAGACCUAGGGCACCAGUGUGGUACUGGCCGAAGGCCCUCCGAUGCUUAAGUAAGUACGGAUUUAGUAAGAUUGAACUACAGAUCAAUAGGCAGUAUGCCAAUUUCGAUGUGGGACUGUGGACUCCAAUUGUGGGACUGCCACAUGUCCCUAGAGGUGAAGUUGCCCUAAUCGUGCGAUCGGUAGGAACGGUACCGAAGCUAGGUGCCGAAGGCUUCCAUAGCUCCAGUUUGGUCCACGUGUUCGAUGCUUACUGGCUCUUCAUUUUGAACACCAUGGUCCAAAAUGACAUGUUGGCCUAUCAUUCAGAUCAUAGCAUUGAGCGCACUGAUGUUGUAGCCCUCGCAGAUCAGCUGCCGAAAUGUAGUAUCUCAUCGGCUGACCGAGAAUUGGAUCUGAGGCUAUUGCUGGUGAAAUUCUCAGAGCUCAUCAAUGUUUUGUACAACAUUUUGAUGGCCUACUCAAGUGCUGCGGAAAUCUACCAAUUCAAGCGCCACCUUCUCACUUUAAAUUUGAGCAGCCACCCUUCCAUGAAUCCUUCCAUUGAACUGAAAACAUGCAUUAAAGUGCAACAUGAGUUGGCUAUUGAACAACAACCAGCAAAUGUUGUUGUGAACUCGAACGAAGGAGAAGUGGAGGAAAAACAUCCUACACAUGAUGUUGAACACCUUGUGGAGGAAGAAAAAUAUCAUUUCAUGGCUAUUCAAGAAAUUGUGGAGGAAGAAGAGCAACGUGUGCUGACAUUUGAAGAACAGGUGGAGGAAGAACAUCCAACACAUGAUGUUGAACACCUUGUGGAGGAAGAAGAACAUCAUAUCAAGGCUGUUCAAGAAAUUACAGAGGAGGGAGUGUAA